CGUCAGCAUGAUUGCGCAUCGUGCCAUACCGGUAUUACUAUUGCUCACGAGCCUGAGACACUGUUUCUUUUCAAACGAGCAGACGCAGCCUGCAAUCUGCAAAUUGCAGCCCCGCUUUACCGUGACAAGAAAUGCAGCAUUUUACUUUGCAAUGCCAUCUGCUGUGAUCCAUUGAAGCAGGCGCUCUGCCAAGCGGAGAGACGACGCCUUCAGGACAUUGCGGCAGCUAGAAGACGGGCCAUGGCCCGCUUAUUUGAUACGUAUGUAAUUGUAGACUGGUCAGCAUCCAGUGUGCCGAAAAUGGGGCAAGAUAGCAUCUGGUACUGCAUUGCGGACGCUUGUUUCUGCAAACCCCUUGCACAGGAUGUGGGGCUUAGAGGAAGAACUGGAUGUGAAAGGGAAGAAGCUGCAAGGAGGAAAAGCAAAAGGUGUGCUACAACAAUCGAGUGUAAGGAACUGAAUAAGGAUCUGUUGGUGGAGAGAAGCGAAACGUCUGCGUCAAUGCCUCAAGUUGCUAAAAGACAAGGGCGCAAAAGGAGUGUGAUAGCUGGCAUCACAGAAGCUGCUCCAACCUCUGCUUCUGGGCCAAUCGUUGAGCAGCGCACAAAGUGCCCCCGAGUGGCACACCCAACCUUCCUAGCAGAAACCAACACCAGCAGCACCUCCCUUCCCGUGACGACCAAUCUGUGCCCGCCACCUGGCUCGUGCGGGGAGGCAGUUCCAGUGGUUGAGAACAUUCCAACCAGGGCCAUGGCUGAAGCAGUAUUGAUUGAGAAGCUGGUGGGACUGGUUGCCAGGGGCCGAAGGGUUUUGCUUGGGUUUGACUUUUCCCUUGGGUUUAGCAGGGGUUUCGCAGCCGCUCUUGCUGAAAAGAUCCGACUUAACCGUGCAGCGGAAUCAAUAGCUAAUGGGAGCUUGGGUGGAAACCCGGCGUGCGUGGUGGAUAGGGCGGAGGUUAUGGGCAAAAGCGGUGGGAGUGGGGACCCGUGUCCUGGUUGGGAAACUGUCUGGCAAUACCUGCACCAGCAUGUUGUCGAUGAGGACAACAAUAGCAAUAACCGCUUUGAGGUGGCCGCCCGGCUGAAUGAACUGGUGUCCGGGUCUCCCUACCCUUUUUGGGGCUGCCCGCCCUCUCGAGCUUCACCCUUCCUGUGCCCCAAGAAGCAACUUCCCCUCCCUAGUUCGCCGGUAUUUCCUGAGAAAAGGGCGGCCGAAAGCAGGUGCACUGCUCAGACCACGUGGAAGCUCUACACGACCGGUGCAGUUGGCUCUCAAACUCUCCUGGGCAUCCCACGUGUCUUCAACAUACGUCACCACCCGGACCUGCGAGACUGCACCCGGGUGUGGCCCUUCGAGACCGGCCUUCGGCCCCCGGGGGAAAGUACCGGGCACUCCGGGCCGUCCAUCGUCAUGGCUGAGGCGUACCCGUCCCUAGUUCCCCCGGUCUGUGUCGGGAAAGAACCAAAAGACGCAGGGCAGGUGCGAGCUCUCGCUUCGCACUUUGCUGCCCUCGACGCAGCUGGGCAGCUGGAGCACCUUUUCUACGGACCUUUCGGGCCUCCAGAAACUGAUGAAAAGUACAGCGAUCGAAAGGGUGAGUUCGAUCCGUACGUGCCAUAA